AUGUCACUAUGGCCCUUUGAACAGACGUCAGGUCAUUCGGGAACAGAUUCGAUACUCGACGAAUACUAUGUAAUCUUUCAUAGUUUGAAGGACGGUGCGGUUUCCACAAAUGGUGGUAGCACAAAUGGGUCUCUCACAGAAAAUGAGUUUGAGUUCAACAGUGCGCCUUUAGGAACAGCAGAUCUGAAUCAAUCGUUUAUUGAUAGGAUUUUAUUAGAAUCAGCGUUAUUGGAUGAACUGAACGAAGGGUCGAACGACAGACUUGUCGAUUUCAUUUGUACAGGAUACUUCUAUGACGACCGUGGUCAGCGGAUCGGUAAUAUGGACUAUCUGGUAGACAUGCUCAUGGCUUACUUGAAGGACAUAGACCGUACUUGCUACAGGACGGCCUUCCUUCUGGAGAAUUCUUUCCACCAAACGGGAGAUUUUAAUGAUGGGGAUGACGAAGAUCCAAUGCUAUACGUCAACAUCAUUUCUGGGAUAUUUUGCUCGAAAAGCGCUCUCAUAGUGAAAUCUCUAGUGCAGAACGUAUCGUUUUUGUCUUCCCUAUUGGGAAUUUUGCAAUUUGAAAAUAUCAAGACGGAAAACUGCCCUAUUUUGGCUGUUUUUUUGAAGAUUAACGAAACUCUUUUAUUUGAACAGACAUCUAGUUAUUUGGAUUUUUUCAAAUCACAAUUGGAUAUCGUGGACAAAUUCCUGAAUCAUAUUGAAGUGUCGCCCUUGAUUGAAUUUCUUAUUAAGGUCGCUCUGACUGAUCAUGUUAAGUCUCCAACGGGGAUUAUUCGUUUCUUGUACGAUCAGGACCUUGUACCCAAGUGUUUAAAUCUUUUGGACAAUUGUAAGUAUUCACCAGGGAUUCAAAACAGUAGUGGAGAGCUUCUGAAAGCUUUGAUCAGUAUUUCCACCAAUUUCAAAUUAGAUACGUUAUGGAUUGGGCCCAAUCAGCUGACAAGACAACUUGCCUCUCCUCAAUACGUCGAUCAGCUCAUUGAUAUUGUUUUGCUCCAAAGAGGACAUGCAAUGGGCGUUGCCGUAUCCGUUGUGAUUGAAUUGAUUAGGAAAAAUAACUCAGACUACGAUGAAAUUGAUCUAUUAGAUACGACAAUAGUCAACAAUCCUCCAUCGCAGAAAGAUCCAAUUUAUUUGGGACAUUUGUUGUCCAGGCUAGCGACGCGGAUGGAAGAUCUUUAUGCAUUAUUAGUUGAACUGGAAAAUGAUGAUGAAGAUAAUGAAACCAAAAUGAAUGACCUUGCACCAAAUAAGCAUCACAUUUUGGAAAACCAACUGCAUGAAUCAUUUAUACCGUUGGGCUUCGAAAGAGUUAAAAUUACGGAAUUAAUUUCCGAAAUGUUGCACUGUUCAAAUAUGGGAUUGAUGAAUUCGAAAAAAGCAGAAAAAAUAGCGUGCACCCGUGAUGAAUGUAGGGAAGCUCUUGACCAUAAUUUGUUAGAAGCUAUGGAAAAUUUAGAAAUUGAUGAUCAAUUGCUUUCUCCCAACACAUCAAACGAUGAAUGUGACAAUAACGACAGUAAUGACAAUCAAACAAAAACACAAAAAUUACAAAAAACAUUUAAUGAUAACGGACCAUACCCUACUUUAGGUACAUUUGAUGACGAUAUUAGUGAGGAUAUUACUUUUGAAAUUCCUUACGUUAGUGAAAAGCAAAAUCUGAAACUACGUAAAAAUCCUACUACUGGAGACUUGUUCAAAAUUAAGCUUCAUGAUCUUGGAUUUCUACCCAAAUUUCUACAAUUAUUCUUAAGAUAUCCUUGGAACAACUUUUGGCAUAAUAUUGUAUUUGAUAUCAUCCAGCAAAUAUUUAAUGCCCGAAUGGAUUUUUCCUAUAAUUCCUUCUUAGUUUAUUCGUUGUUUGAUUUCAAAAAAUCUAGACGAUUUGUGCCAGAAAAUUUGUAUGAUGACAGGCAGAACUCACCGGUCCCAGAUUUUCAUAUCAUCUCUAAUUUUAUCUUACAAGGUCACAAGAAUUCAUUUGAAUUUUACGAAAAAGAGAAAACAAACUUGGGGUACAUGGGGCAACUGGUAUUAAUUGCGGAGGAAGUUACAAAGUAUUCCAGAAUAUAUAAGACAGAUUUAAUUGCACCAGAUAUAUAUGAAUUUUUACAAGACGAAGUUUGGAUGUCGUAUUCAAACGACAUCUUAAACGAGACAAGAACGAUGUGUUCAAUCAUUCUUGGAGGAGGCCAGUUUAAAUGUGAAGACAAUGAAGAUGAUAACCAAGAGCUUUCGGAAGGAAAUCAUGAUAUGAGCCAAGCGACCCUCACAUUUGACGCUAUGAAUGAAAAUGAGAUAAGUCAUGAAGAGAACGUUAAAUUAGAAGAUAAAGUUGCGGAGCUCAUAGAUGAAUUGGGUCAAUUGACUGAAUCAGAUAUUCAUGAUAAGAUCAAAGACGUUAUUGUUGAUCAUUGUUCUGAAUCAAUUAACUAG